AUGCCAUUUUACAAAGAUCCUUCUGUCAAGUAUAAGCCCUUUGUUAGCACUGUAAAGUUGCAAGAACGUACAUGGCCAACCAAGACUUUGCAAAAAGCUCCAAGAUGGUUAGCUACUGAUUUAAGAGAUGGUAACCAGUCUUUGCCUGACCCAAUGAACGUGGAAGAGAAGAAACUGAUGCUUGAAAAACUCUGCGAUAUGGGAUUUAAAGAGAUCGAAGUGGCUUUCCCCAGUGCUUCGAAUAUCGAUUUCGAGUUCACGCAGUAUGCUGUUAAAAAUGUGCCAGAUGACGUUUCAGUUCAAGUUCUCUCGCCUUGUCGUGAACCAUUGAUUGAGCGUACUGUAGAAUCAUUGAUUGGAGCCAAACGUGCUACGGUACAUAUAUAUCUCGCGACAUCGCCUUGUUUCAGAGAAAUUGUUUUCAACAAUAUGAGCCAUGAGGAAUGCAUAGAAAAGGCUGUUAAGUGCACGAAGCUUGUAAGAUCCCUAACGAAGGACCACCCUGAAAGACAGGAAACUGACUGGUCGUUUGAGUUUUCUCCAGAAACGUUUAGCGAUAGCGAGCCUGAGUUUGUCAUUGAGAUAUGCGAAGCGGUGAAGGCUGCGUGGGAACCCACGAGCGAGAACCCAAUCAUCUUUAAUUUACCAGCGACGGUGGAAAUGUCUACACCAAAUGUGUAUGCAGAUCAGAUUGAGUACUUCUCGAAGAGUAUAUCAGAACGUGAAAAGGUUUGCAUUUCGCUACAUCCUCAUAACGAUCGUGGGUGUGCUGUAGCAGCUGCAGAGUUGGCUCAAAUGGCCGGUGCAGAUCGAGUCGAGGGAUGUCUUUUCGGUAACGGUGAACGGACCGGUAACGUCGAUUUGGUUACCUUGGCAUUGAACUUGUACACGCAGGGGGUUUCGCCCAAACUUGAUUUCUCUGAUAUGGCCUCUAUAAUCGAGGUUGUGGAGCGGUGUAACAAGAUCCCCGUGCACGCAAGGGCACCUUACGGAGGUCAAUUAGUGGUGUGUGCAUUUAGUGGCUCGCACCAAGAUGCGAUCAAGAAGGGAUUCGAGAAGUACGAUGCAAAAGUCAAGGCCUUACAGGAGCGCGAAGGCCCAGAUGCAGUGGUCCCAUGGAAAAUGCCAUAUCUUCCAUUGGAUCCGCAGGAUAUUGGAAGAACUUACGAAGCCAUCAUCAGAGUCAAUUCUCAAUCGGGCAAGGGUGGAUCCUCGUGGGUUAUUUUAAAGAACUUAGAGUUAGACUUACCAAGAGGCUUGCAAAUAGCCUAUUCUAAGAUCGUACAGGCCGAAACAGAGGUUGUUGGUAGGGAAUUGAAAAGCGACGAGUUGGUUUCCUUAUUCGAGAAAUCGUACUUUGUAGGAACAUGUUCUGAUUCAGGUAAGUUCAAGUUUGUUGACUACAAGUUUGACAAGUCGCCUAAAGAGUCAACUCUUUCCGUGGUUUUGACCGAUGGGUCUCAAGAAUGGGACCUGAAGGGUAAAGGUAACGGUCCUAUCUCUUCGUUUAUCGAUGCCGUGAACACGAAGUUUAAUACCAAACUUGAUGUGAAAGAUUACCACGAGCACUCCUUGGGGAAGAGUUCAGAUUCCAGGGCUGCCACCUACAUUUCGAUCUCCAGUGAUGAUUUCGUUCAAUGGGGUGUUGGUAUUCACGAGGAUACAACGCAGGCCUCGUUCUUGGCGUUGCUCUCAUGUAUCAACGGUUUGGAAAGAGCAAACAGGUUCUCAACUAACUAA